GCAGGCGGGGCGAUUCUGCAGGCGGGACUAGUGUCUCUACGCCAUGGCGGCCCUGCGUGCUCUGCUGCCCCGAGCUUGCAGCUCGUUGUUGUCCUCGGUCCGCUACCCAGAACUUCGGCGCUUCGCCUCGGGUGCUAACUUUCAGUACAUCAUCAUAGAAAAGAAAGGAAAGAAUAGCAGCGUGGGGCUGAUCCAGUUAAACCGCCCCAAAGCACUCAACGCACUUUGCAAUGGCCUGAUGGAGGAGGUCAACCAAGCACUGGAGACCUUUGAGAAAGAUCCUGCUGUGGGGGCCAUUGUGCUCACUGGUGGGGAGAAGGCAUUUGCAGCUGGAGCAGACAUCAAGGAAAUGCAGAACCAGACAUUCCAGGACUGUUACAGCAGCAAGUUCCUGAGCCACUGGGACCAGAUCACCCGGGUCAAGAAGCCGGUCAUUGCAGCUGUCAAUGGUUAUGCUCUUGGUGGGGGCUGUGAACUUGCCAUGAUGUGUGAUAUCAUCUAUGCUGGUGAGAAAGCCCAGUUUGGACAGCCAGAAAUCCUGCUGGGGACCAUCCCAGGUGCAGGGGGCACUCAGAGACUUACGCGUGCAGUUGGCAAGUCACUAGCAAUGGAGAUGGUCCUCACUGGUGACCGCAUUUCAGCCCAGGAUGCCAAGCAAGCAGGUCUUGUAAGCAAGAUUUUUCCUGUUGAAACACUGGUUGAAGAGGCCAUCCAAUGUGCAGAAAAAAUUGCCAGCAAUUCCAAAAUUAUAGUAACCAUGGCGAAAGAAUCGGUGAAUGCAGCCUUUGAAAUGACCUUAACAGAAGGAAAUAAGCUGGAGAAGAAGCUCUUCUAUUCCACCUUUGCCACUAAUGACCGGAGAGAAGGAAUGGCCGCAUUUGUGGAGAAGAGGAAGGCCAACUUCAAAGACCACUGAGAGCUGGCAGCUGAGCUUUGUGCCACCCUGGAGAGGAACGCUCAGCCUGUCAAUUGAGAGGCAAAUAAAUUCUCCUGAAGGGUAGCGUAAGCCGAGGUUCCUACCGCAGGCUUUGGGGCUGUGGCCACAGCUCAGGUACUCGUGGUGUGGCCUGCUACCUUCACCACUGUUGGAAGUCAAUCUUUCACAGGCUUCUAAAUCAGAAAUCUGGGAAGCUUUCAAGGUGUCUUGAUUUUUUAUUUUUUUUACUUCACUUCAGGGACAGGUGCAUGCUUGGACCACCCAUACCCCUGUCCACAGUGUCCACAGUGCACAGCUCAGGGUGUGGCUUCAAGUGGGAAGUGGCCCUGUCUGCUGUUUCCAAGUGCAGAAUAAUUCAAUUCAAAGUGACUACUUCAGUUUAGUUUCAACUCACCUGUAGUAGUCUCUAAAGAAUGAAUGUGUUUUCUAAUUAUUAUUGCUGUUAUUUUCUUAUAGAUAGGGUCUCACUGUGUAACCCUGGCUGCCUGGAACUUACUAUAUAGACCAGGCUGGCCUCGAACUCUCAGAGAUCCACCUGCCUUUGCUUCCUGGUGCUGGGAUUAAAGGUGUGGGCCACCACUGCCCAGA